AGAGCUGCAGUGCUGCACAGGAAAGCUGUGUAAGGUGUCACGUGAUCUUCUGGGCCUACAGCACAGGACAUGAGUGUGUAAGCUCUAUUCACCCUCUGUUCAUCAUUCGCAGGGUUAGGGUUAGCUCGAAUGAUCAGUCUGCUUAUUUGUCUCUGCAUCAGCUGACUGUGAAAAGGCUAUGUCACUCAUGGCCACACAAUGGCGGGGCAGCUCUGACGGUAUCCUGAGAGAGAUCCAGAUUAAUUUGCUGGAGUGUAAAGUCUGCUUCGAGAAGUUCUGCAGACAGCAGAGGGAACGCAGACCGCAGAACCUUUCUUGUGGCCAUGUACUGUGUCUGGAAUGCAUCAAAGCUUUGUCCCACCCUCUCCUGAGGAAGCUGGAGUGCCCGUUCUGUCGACAGCUGUGCAGCGUUGACAGCACCUCCCACUGCCAGGUUCUUUGUGACCUCCAGGAGUUGCUGUUGUCCUGGAGUCCCAAAUCCUCUGCUCCUCCUUACAGGGCAAAACAAGGCUGCAGGUUGCCUGCAGGAGCAAGCUCAUCGGGCCUGAACUUCUCUGCAGCUUUUGGCGGCUGGGGUACUCUCAUCAACCCGACUGGAAUCGCUGUUUUAGGGGCUUCGGGUGGAAUAGUGGUGGUGCAUGAUGGCGAGAAGAGGGUGCUGGUGUUUUGUCCACAGGGUAGACAGUUGAAUCAUUUUGGACAAAGAGGACAAGCCAGUGGAGAGAUCUGUUACCCAGUGGAUGUGGCAGUGACACCCUGUGGUUAUGUGGUGGUGACAGAUGCAGGAGAUAAAGCUGUGAAAGUGUUCACCUCCAGAGGACACCACGUAUUGACAGUGAAGGAGUCCUUCCAGAUGCCCUGGGGUGUGGACACAGACAGCCGGGGCCACGUUCUGGUUUCAGACGUCCAGGCGGGCACGCUGUCUCAAGUAAAAGUGGACUUUGCUUGUGGUCGUGUUCUGCAGCAUCGUACGCCUCUCUCUGAGCUCCAGCAUCCAAAAGCAGUGGCCUGCUGUCAGGUGACAGGGAACACUGCAGUGAUGGAGCACUUCACUGAUGACACACAGUCACCGGUGACGCACCAACGCACAAGACUGAAAGUGUUUACCAGAGACUUCCAGCUCCUUUAUGAGACAGACAGUUUCAGCCUGAGCCUGCAGUCCCCAGUGAGGCUCAACAUGUCAGGCGUGGCCUUUGACCCAGCCGGAGACCUGCUGCUGGUCGACUCCACGCAGGGGAUGAUUUGGAGUUUGAAGAGGCUGGAGAAUGAGUCAAUCCUGACUCCUCUUGUAGGAGACCAUCUUAUCCGACCCGUUGGACUGGUGUCACUCAACAACAUGCUCAUCAUUCUGGACAGUGGAGACCAUGCAGUGAAGAUUUACUUUCCUAAAUCUGAGGCUCCAUCUAUGAUGUCAUGACAAGUAUAGAAUUAAUGAUAGUUGAGUUUCAUUUACUGUCCUCAGAUUCAAUGUGUAUACUCGUAAACUGUCCAGACUUAGGUGAAUGGAACAUUUGAUCAUUUUAAGAAGAAAUUUAAUUGAGAAAAUUCCAAGGUAAUUUAAACAAUUGCGUGUGUUUUAAACAAACACUUUUAAUAUAAUGGCAUGUUCAUGUUCCAGCCUCAAACUUUCAUCAGUGAGUCAAACUGUUUUACUAAGUAAAGGUUUUUGUGAAUACUGUACAUGUUAUAUAACCUUCUGUGGUUAGAUGUGCAAACAUGUCAAACUAAUUGUCAUUUUCUUAUUCCUGAACAGCUGUAUAAAAAAUAAAAGCAUAUUUAUCAGAUUAAACCAUAUUCAUUUUCUUAAUGUGGCUGUUGUCUUGCCUUUUCCUGCAUACUUUCACCUUUUAAGGAAGGAAAACAAAGGAAAACAAAAAACAAGGCCAUAAGGUCGCAAGGUCAUAGCCUGUAAUAUGGUGUUAUACAAGUAGAAAUUCCUUCAGUUUAAUGGGGCCACAUGGGAAGAGACAGGGAACUACUGCAAUACAGACAUAGUUAGCACUGAGGAUUCACUUAAAAUGUUGAGUGCUUACAUUCUCUUAUCUGCACUCAGCAUUAUCCUCUCUCACAAUGUCAGUGUUUAAUGGUAUUUUUUAUGGGUAUUAUUAAUCUAAUGUCAGGUUUUGUUUAUGAAAUAUGCAGCGUUUGUGUGUGUGUUUGUUUAAUAAUAAAAUAAUGCUAAUAAACCCCCUUUUUUGCAUUCUUACCUUUAAA